CACAAACAAUAUGGCCGACAACGUGUGAACGCUAGGUGGAAAAAUUGUAAAACAGAGAUUUUUCUUAAUUAAUGGAGCUGCUUCUUUAAAGACUUAAAAAUGGAUGAGAGACUGAAAUGGUUAGAAGUGAGGAUUAAUUCCUCUCUUCGUCCACGAAAUGAAGACCUCAAAAAUAUGUUCCUCAAUGACGAGAACAGACUAGCCUUUUAUGAGUUUAUUAACAACGAGGAUGUGAGAUGUUUGUACGUGUUCAACAGACCCCCCAAACAGAUUGUAGCCUCACUUAUACCACCACAUGAGAUGAAGUACAAGUCAAUAUUCUUCUUAAAAUGUAAUGCUGGUACAAAAUUGACCAAAGAAAAUAUAGGGAAGGAAGUGUUUUACUUGGACUGUACAAAUAUUCCACUAGAACAUUUAGAGUUAAUUAUUAGAGAGGUUUAUCUCCCUUUGUUAUGCACCAAUCAACAAAAUUUGACCACUACUGGAGGUGAUAAAGUUAUGGAUGUCUUACAUCGCUUGAUGUCAGUUGUGGAAGUCUCACAAGGUCAUGCAGAGGGAAGGAUCAUACUAAGUUUACCAUCUAUAGAAGUUCUAGCUGAAGCUGCAGCAGCUGUAAACAGGAGAGGUGCUGUAUUACAUGUUCUAGAGACCACUGUGUUAGCUUGGAUUAAACAGAUUAAGGGUGUACUACGUCAUGAUCCGGUUAGUGACUUGUUUGGUCACUUUGGACCAGAGCCAGGACCUUUAGAUGAGAUUAAGAUGUGGGAACGUCAGUUAGGAAGACUGCAUUCCAUUCUUAAACAGCUAGAAUCACCAGUAGCUAAAGAUAUUCUACAGAACUUAGACUCAGCACAGAGCCAAUACUCAAGUUCGUUCAACCAUGUCAGAAGAGAUGUGAACAAGGCAGUACAAGAAACCAAUAGAACCCUAAAAUUCCUUACGACCAUGAGAUGGUUAUUUGAAGAUUUCCAUGAUACCAUGGAUCCUAAACACAUGCUGGAACUUUUCAAACCCAUGAUGCAAGUGUUAUUCCUUGUAUGGCAACAUUCAGUGUAUUAUCAUCAGAUGGAUAAAUUUCACAACUUAUUGAGACUGUUAUCCAAUGAAGUAGUACACAGAGCUAUAUCAUUGGUGGGAGAAAAUAUACUGAGAGAACCAUUACAGUCAUAUUCCAAGUUGAAGGAAGCUUUAAGAGUAUGUGCAGCAUUCCGUGGAACUUACUUGGAUUUCAAAGACAAAGCUGAUGAACAAAACCAUCAAAACAUUGUAGAAAAUGCUGAAAGAUUGGCAUCAAAGCCUCAGGGCACAUUGUUUUUGACAAAGAUGUAUGGUCCUCAUGCCUACACACCAAGGUAUGGUCUAAGGACAGGAGAUACAGGGAGUACUUCAACACUGAAUGAAGAUGAAUUAUGGACCGACAGCCCUUGGCCACCAAGAAAUGCUCCAUGUUUUGACCUUCUAAAUAGUUUUAUGGAAAGAUGCAAUGAUGUAUUAGAAUUAGUCGAGACAACUCGUCACUUCCGAUUGUUGGCUGAUGCUGCUGAGAUAGGUGGCGCUGGUAGUAUGAGUUUAGAUGCUUUAGUGAAAGAAAUUCAUCAGAAAUAUAGCCAAGUGAUGAAAGAUUUCUUCUCAGUUGUAGAAAAUGUACUUAGUAUUGAUGGAUCUCAGAACUUUGAACGAGCAUUUUUCAAAUUUAGAACAGUAGUAAAGACAUUAGAGGGAAAGCUGGCACAGAUAUUAAGGAUCUCUUUUAACCAAUGUCCGACAGUUGAGGCCCAAUUAAGGUUACUGGAAGUGUUUGAAGGUAUCAGCGGCAGGGAACUUGUACAGGCACAUUUAAAAGAUAAAGAUGAACAAAUAGUGACAGUAUUUACAGAAGAAUUACAAACUGUUCAGAAUAUGUUUGAGGCUAAUCAGCAUAAUCCUCCUAGACAUCUGAACAUGCCACCGAUCGUCAGUAAAGUCAUCUGGGUUACUGCCCUUAUUGACAGAAUUAAAAGACCAAUGGAUAAGAUUCGUCAAGUGAGUCCACAUUCCAUGGAAGGAGAAAACGGUUGGCAGAUGAGACAUAGUUAUAAUAACUGUAUGAAGAUGUUAGAGAACUACCAAACUCAGAUCAUAGCAGAAUGGCAGAGUAAUAUAACAGCAGAACUUACCAUGAAAUUAAAACAAGCCUUACUGAUUGCUGAGGAGUUUGACGAGGAAGUAGAAGUGAGGCCACAAGUGAUCCACGUCAAUCUGGAUUCACAGUUACCACUUAUACUACGUGAAAUACACUACCUCAGUCAAGCACCAUUUGAUAUAUUAUUGCCAUCCUCGGCUAAAGAGAUUCUUAGGAACACUGAUUCAUUUGAAUUACGAGUAACUGCCACCAGAUUAGAGACAAUUGUAUCCAAGUAUAAUACUAUAAUGAGAACUAUUACAGAAUUUGAGAAACCAUUGUUUGAGAGGAAACUACUGAAAAUUGACUUGUUAUUUGAAUCAGGAUUACAGCAGUUUACAUGGAAGAUGAAGGAAUCAGGUGACUUUAUAGAACAAGCUAUGGCUUUAGUUUGUAUGGAUGUAUUCCAGAACCUAGACAUGGUACAGACAAACUGUCAUGAGAUAGCUGAGAUCACUAUCUCAUGGUCUACUGGAAUGUUAGACGUGUUUGCUGGCAGGACCAAAGAUACAUCUUACUCCAUGGAGGAACUUCUUUCUAUGCAAAAGAUGCUGACAGAAGAACAUGAGGCUAUAGUGGUACCAUCAGGCUAUAGGAUACAUUCUCUUGUUCAGAUGUCAUUUGAGGCUGUACAAAUAAGUCAGGCCUCUCCAGCAUGGCAGGAUUACAUUGACUAUAUAGAUGCCAUUGUAUUAGAUGGAUUAAAACAAGCCACAUUGACCAGUCUUAAAUCUAUGUUGAAUAAUCUGGUACAGGCUAAUAUGGCAGAGGAUGACGAUACACUGAUGCCUGUAUUGACCAUUAGAUUGGAAUUGAUAGACAACAGAGUGGCAUUCAGACCUCCGCUGGAUCAAUCAACCUCAGUCAUCAGUGUCCAAGAACUGGUACAACAAUGGUUAGAUGGUUACCUAGCCAGGGGGAAACUUGUCAAAAUGUUAGGACCCAAGGGAACAUACCAGGAUUACAUUUCUGCUGACGAUGAAGUCAAACAACUCCUACAUAACAUCAACAGACUUGUAGAAGAGAACAGUGAUGAGUGCAAGAAAUUGAUAGAAAUAUUUGGAGACUAUUCCUUCUUGUGGCUACAAGAUGUGAAUUAUACAUUUGAUGAAUUCCUCCGAGGAAAGUUGUCACCAAAUCCAUUAAGAAGUCCGAACAGAAACUUUGGUGGAAAUGUUAAAGCUCUAGUAACAGAGAGGUCAGAAUCAAGAUCAUCCGUUGCCAGUAGUUUGAACUCCAUGGCAGGAAUGAGUGAAAGAAGAGCUUUCUUAACCCCCAAGAACUUUAGUGAGGAGAUGGAGAAAGCAGAAAUACCUGCAUUAGAUGAAUUUGAUGCUGAAAUUAACAUCUACAGGACUGCAAGAGAUGAAUUACAGAGUUUAGAAGACUACCAUAAUGUUGGAUGGUUACGUGUAGAUUUACAACCCAUCAAACAAGUACUUACCACUUAUGCCUCUAAGUGGAUGUGGACAUAUACUAAAUAUUUGUCUGAUCAGGUAACCAACAUGUUGGAGAAUCUAGAUAGAUUCUUGAAGAGAACAGAACCAGAAAUAGAAAGUAUUACAGGGGAGGAACGAGAUACAGCCUCCUUUAUGAAAAUGAUGAGGUUGUUCAAUGAGGUAUCAGCCCAACAAUCAGAGAUGGAUGGCAAGUUUACUGAGAUGAGACGUACAGUACAGUUACUGAAGAAAUAUGGACAGAAGUUACCAGAUAAAACUCAACAUCUAUUUACUGCAGCACCAGGUCGAUGGAACAAUCUGAAAACCAAAGUAUCACUGGCCAAACAGAGACUUGGUCCAAGGAUACAGGAAGAGUCUGUCAGAAUAACACAGGACCUUGAAGCCUUUGGAUACAGAGUAAAUACCUUAGCCAAGGAACUGGAGAACUCAGAUGUAUAUAACAGAGAGUGUAACAUUGACGAUGCCUGGGUCAUCAUUGAUAAAUUCUCAAAGAAACUCACAGUCUUAGAGAAUGAAGCACAGGAUUUGAUAGAACUACAAGAACUACUAGAGACAUCAGUAGUCAACUUUGCUAUAAUACCGCAAUGCAGACAUGAGCUAAACAACCUUAAACAAGUUUGGGAGACUGUCAGAGUUAUUGAUGACCAACAAGCAGAAUGGAAGAGACAUCGUUGGCAGAAAAUGAACACCAAGUUUUUACGAGAGGAGACAAAUAAACAGUUAGACAUUGUCAGAGCUUUACCAGAAGAUGUGUUUACAUGGGAUGUUUACAUGGGAUUACAUGAGUCUAUUACAACAAUACAGGCUUGUCUGCCAUUGAUAGAUGAUCUCAGUAACCCAGCAAUGAGAACAAGACAUCUGAAGCUACUUGUACGUGUGACAGGUGGCGCUGUUAAUAUUGACAAUGACACUCUCAAACGAAUGACCCUCAAAGAGUUCAUUGGCCUUGGUCUUCAAAAACAUAUUGAUGAUGUAAGAGCUAUUGUUCAAAAGGCAGUGAAAGAUUUGGCUAUAGACCAGUCAUUGAAGACUUAUGAUGAGAUUUGGACCAGUAAAUUGUUCAAACUGAGACUUCACACCAGAGUUAGAACUGAACAAGAACUUGUAGCUGCUCCUGAUCAACAUAGUGAAUCCCAGAGUGAAGGAGGAUCUCAGCCUCCCUUGCCUAUAACAAGUCGUAGUCAGGCCAGAACAACUAGUCGUAUCUCUAACCAGAGCUCAACUGGCAAAAAUAAACGUAGCAGUAUAGCUUCACUUCCAUCAUCUUUACUUAACCUUGGACAGAUGAAGGAUAGUGUAAUUAAGGACACAGGACAGAUAUUCCUACUUAACAAAAGUGGACCAAUAUUUGAAGAGUUAGAGAACCACCAAGUGGCACUACAAGCCAUGCAGAGUUCUGCUGGAUCCUUCCUGGAUGAUAUUAUUAAAUGGCAGAAGAAAUUACAACAGAUAGAAGCUGUCCUUGUCAUGUGGUUAGAGGUUCAGGAUAAAUGGAUUGAACUAGAAGAGAUAUUUUCUGGUGCUGAUGUUAGGACAUCUUUGUCACAUGAUGCCAAUAGAUUUGCUGUUGUUAAUAGAGACUUUAGACUUCUGAUGAGAGCUACAGAGAAAAAUCCUAAUGUCAGACAGUGCUGUGAGAGGAAAAAUAUUUUGGUAAUAUUAGAACACAUGAAUCAUAGUUUGGAGCAGUGUAGACGAUCAUUGCUGAACCAUUUAGAAAGGAGAAGACAGAUUUUCCCAAGAUUCUACUUCCUGUCAAUGGAGGAUGUCUUACAUAUAGUCUGCAACGGUUAUGACCUUAACCAAGUGAAUGUUUAUAUUGGUAAAGUGUUCGAGAAUGUGGGCAGCUUGUUGUUUGAAGAAGUAGAAGAUAAUGAGAAAUAUCACUACAUUAUAACUGGUGUCAACAGUGUUUUGGGAGAGAGACUAGAAUUCUUACAGCCUGUACCAUGUGAAGGACAAAUAGAAACAUGGCUGACAAGUUUUAUUCAAGGUCUAAAGAAUGCUUUACAACAUCAGAUGGCUACAGCAUUAGGAUAUGAGAAAGCAGGACCGAAAACAAGACAGAUUAGAAGUGCUGGGUCUCGUAAAGUAACCAUUAAAAAAUCAGGAUCAGCUACUAAACAAAAUGCUAAAGAUAGAGCUUCCAGUAGAACUGGUAGUAGACAGGCCAGUAGACAGAGUAAGAAACAAGCUGAGGAGCAAAGUAGAGCAUCCUCGGUAGCAGAUCAAUUAUUAACAGAUGACAACAAGGAUUCUCAGAGCUCUUGGACCUUAGACCAUGUGGCUGAAGUAGUGUACUUAGCUACUCAAGUACAGAUGACAGAAACAAUUGAAGGAGCAUUAAAGGAAAUGGAAAAUGGAACCAAAGAUAAGCUAGAGGCUGCAUUAGAAAAGAUAAAUACCAGUAUCAAGGCUACCACAUUAUUACUGAAAGGAUUAGAGGGAGACAAGGAAGCCAAACUUAGGAAGGAGAAAACUGAAAGUGAAGCUGCUAGGUCACAGAGAGAUGGCAUGGAAGAUGAGAAUGCAUCUGUAGCGGGAGCACGCAGUAGUUAUGGUGGAGCAUCAUUGGAAGCCUCCAGGAAAGAUGGAUCUCUCUUGGAUCUGGCUGAUACCAGUAGAACUCCCAUUAUAGAGGAGGAAAAUGAAAAUGGAGCAGAUGGUAUUUCUAUAGUAGAACCUCAAACAAUGGAACCUAUAGAUACCAUGAACAUUACUGCUGCUGCUGCAAUGGAAUUACGACAAGAAGAGACAGAAAUAGAGGAAGAAAAAAUAGAUCCGUCAGAACUCAAAUUGUUAUUAUUCCCAGGACAAAUACAAAAACUGUCUUCACUUUUGGCAUUGCUGGCACAUCUUAGAGACUUCAUUGAGAGAAUUAUGGAAUCUGAUGCAGGAGCUGAGGCUAAUUCUUUUGAUUGGAGUGCUCAACUUAGAUAUUACUUCAAUAAAGACAAUAGGUCUAUUACUAUCAAGUCAUUGAAUGCUGACUUUGACUAUGGGUAUGAAUACAUAGGGUCCAGUCCAAGAGAGGUGAUCACUCCCCUGACAGAGAGAGUCUUUGUGUCCUUAACCCAGGCUAUUAAAUCUCACAUGGGAGCUAUGUGUGUUGGACCAAUAGAUUGUGGCAAAUUUGAAUUAGCCCAUGAGUUAGCCAGAUCUCUUGGACAUCCAUUAUACAAGUUUAGCUGUACCAAUACUACAGAUUAUGUUAUGUUACAUGACAUCUUUAGAGGUUUAGCAUCAACUGGUUGUUGGGUGUCUUUUAACAAUCUAAACCAUCUUAGACCAUCAGUACUGAGUGUAUUUGCCCAACUCAUACAGUCUGUUAUGGAUGCCCUCAAGGCAGGGAAGGGAGCAGUCCAUCUUCAAUCAGAUGACAUACAACUCAACCAAUCAGGAGCCUGCUUUGCUUUACUAGACAGUGCCUUACAAGUGCAGUCAGGAAAUCCUGAUGCUUUGCUCCUAUAUCCAUCAGCUACAGCAUCCUUACCUGACUACAUCAUGAAUCAGUUCAGGACAAUAUCUAUCAUUAAACCUGACCUUCAUUUGGCUUUAGAGGUCAUGCUGUGUAGUCAAGGUUUUCUUGGAGCGAGGGAGUUGGCAAGGAAGACAAUGUCCCUGUAUGAACUUUACCGUAGACUGCUGGGUACAAAUGUACCAAUAUCAGAAAACAUCAUCUUAGGUAGAAUAAGAGUUAUGGGUUGUGAUGUUAGUGGCAGUUGUGGUGGGUGGAGCAUGAAGACCAUGAAGGGUGUAGUAUCAGAAGCAGGAGCUUACCUAGAGAAACUCAAAGAGGAACCAGUGGAGGAAUCAGACACUCAUAGACUUCUGGAAGAAGGAGAGGAAGAAGAAGAGAAAAAAGAAAAGGAGGAAAACAAUGGGCUGAUGACAGAACAGAAACUUCACCAAGAAGAGAAAUCCUUGGUGAUGGCCAUAAGGGAUACUUUCCUUCCCCGUCUCCAUGGUAGGGAUGCUAGUGUGUUUGCUACAUUAAUCACUGACUUGUGGCCAUACCUUAAUAUACCCAUGGUGUUUGGUGGAGAACUAGAAAUUCUGUCUAAGCCACCACCAUCAAGGAUUAGCCAUAAGGAUGGAUCAGGAAGAAUAAGGACAGCCAGGAGUAUAGCAUCUAGCAAAUCGUUGAAAGUUGAACUGUCAGAUGUUCCUUCAUUUUUAACAAACAAAUUACAAAACACAUUGACAGAUGUCAGACCUAGAGGAGGCUAUUCCAUUCCUUUGAAUACUCCUGUAGUCCCACUUCAGACAGCACCAAACUUCUUAGAUGCUCAUCAAAGAAAUGUGAUUGAGGACAUGCAGGAUGCUAUUGCUAUAGCAACAGGGGAGCUAAAUCUUCUACCUGGUGUAGCAUUCCAAGCCAGGGUAGCACAACUGUCUCAGCUUAAUGCAUCACAUCAGACUAUAUUUGUGGUGGGACCCCCAGGAUGUGGUAAAAGUGAAUGUAUAAAGACAUUUGCUGUGGCAGAGAGAUCUAGAGGCAAAAUUAUCAGUGUACAGAAUGUAUUCACUAAAGCUGUGGAAUCUGAAGAAUUAAUGGGAUACCUUGAUCAGAAAACUAAAGAAUGGAAGGAUGGUCUCCUGGCCUCCAUUUUAAGGAAGUUUUGUGUACAGCCACCAAAUAUCAAUUAUGACUUGAAGGCAAAACCCAUCAUGAAGAUUGUACAGAUGGAUGGGGAGUCUGAACCAGCCCAGAUGGAGCUGCUUGGUGCUGUACUGAACAAUGAUGGAGCUGUUGUCCUUGGUAACAAUGAGAGAAUUGUAAUAGCUGAUACCAUUAGAUUCCUGUGGGAGAUGGAAUCAGUUGCUCACAUGAGUCCAGCAUUACUAGCCAAUGUUGGUGUGAUGGUCAUGACUCCAAAAGAUGUUGGAUGGAAAUUGAUACUUGUCCAGUGGUUAGAACAUCGUCCAGAGAAUGACCGAGAGUUACUGACAGGUUUCUGUGAUGUUUACAUUGAGAAGACUAUAGAAUACCUAAAUGAUUGUUGUACACCACAUAUGUUGGGUGGUACGAAGAAAAAAUGUCCACAAUACAAACGUGUCAUACAACACAAUAUAGAGAACAUGAUUGGGACUUUCUGUACUCUCUUAGAGGCUGUAGUAAACCAGACAUCAACACAAGAUUUAAGUGAUGUGGAGUAUGAGAGAUAUUUUAACUUUACCGCCAUUUGGUCGUUUGGCGGGACCCUGGAGGAGAAGUACAGAGAAUCGUUCAGUAAUUGGUGGAAGGAACAGUUUGAACAACAUAUUGACUACCCAGAGGAGGGCACAGUGUUUGAUUACAUGGUUGAUGGAGAUAGUCAUGAGUUUGUACUGUGGAAGGAUACGUUACAGCAGUAUAGUGGAGAGAGUAGAAAAGGCAUAUCAGCUGAAUCCUUUGUACAUACUGUGUCUGUAGAGCAACUAUCUUUCUUGAUUGGAGUUCUGACAGAGUAUGGUAAACCAGUUAUACUGGUAGGAGAGAAUGGCUGUGGUAAAUCAUCCAUUAUCAACGACAGAAUCCGUACCGUCUGUUCAGGGGAAGUCGCUGAAGUCUUGUCUCUUUCAAUACCUGCUAAUAGAUUCACCAAUGCCCGUCUGCUGUAUGACCGUCUUGAUGAGAAACUAGAAUGGAAACAUGGAAAGACAUAUGUCCCUAAAGGAAACAAAAAGUUACUGUGUAUGAUAGAUGACAUCAACUUGUCACAGGUUGACAAAUGGGGACAUCAGACAGCUAUAGAACUAGUGAGAGAACACAUUGAUGAUGGAGGGUUCUACAACCCAGACAGCCAUGCUUGGAGAUACAUCAAGAAUGUGACCUACAUCAGUACAAUCAACCCUUGUACAACAGCUAACGUGCCUAAACUGAGUCAGAGAUUCCUGCGACACUUUGCUGUCUUCCAUUGUCCAUACCCUGGUCAAGAGGAGUUACAGACAGUCUUCAGUACUCUGCUUCACUGCCAUUUUAUACUGCCAGAGACAUCAGGGACUGGUAUGCCUGCCUCUCAUCAUGUUGAUCUGAAGGCUCAGCUUAAAGUGAAAGAAGAUGAAGAGGCUAUGAGGAAACUGCUAUCCUUGAUAGUUAAAGUAAAUGUAGAACUCCAGGAUAGACUGAGAGGAAUGUUUUUACAUACAGCACAGAGAUGCCAUUACAUCUUUACUACAAGGGAUCUCUCCAUUAUAUUCAAGAAUUUAUGCCUUUCACUCCAGCCAGAUUGUGCCCACAGAGAUUUAUUGUUACUAUGGCAACAUGAGUGUGCCUGGGUAUAUGGACAUCGUUUAGUGACAGAAGUGGAUCACAAAAGAUAUAAACAAGCUUUUGUUAAUGCUGUCAGAAAGGAAUUCUCUAGUGAUGAACAGAUUCGCCUAGUGGUAUCUAAUAGACAGCCAUUAUUCAGUAACUUGAUUGAACAAGACAGUGGUGUAGUUACAGCUGGUAUGAUUGAUGCUCGUCACAUCUCUAACAUCUCCGAGGAGGAAGCUAAGACAGAUCUUUACAAACCUAGAUUUAAUAUGAAAGAUGUAAAGGAUCUUAUGAUCAAAGGAGUGGAGGAAUACAACAAGAUACAUCCCAGGAUCAAGUUAGCUCUUUAUAAGACUGUUGUAGAACAAGUUUGCAGAUUAGCUCGUACUAUAGCCUCCCCUCAAGAAAGUGCCCACACAGUACUAGUAGCUGAGGGAUGUGCUGGUCGCUGCACUGUCAUUGCUAAGUUAGCCUCUCAUCUCUGUGGAUAUACCGUGUUCCAAGUCAGUCCAUGCUCUCUACAGAGUUCAGGGGAAUAUAAGAUGGAGCAGUUUAAGUCAGACUUAGUGGAGUGUUAUACCAGAGCAGGUUCCAGGGGUGAGAAGAUUCUGUUACUGUUAAAUGAAGAGGAGCUGAUGGAAGAAGAUUUCUUGGUGUUUUUGAUAGAAUUUAUUGUCUCAGGAUCUAUCAGUCAUUUGUUUACUUAUGAAGAACAAACAACAAUUAUAAACUCUAUAAGGACUGAAGUGACCUUAGCUGGUCUGACAUACACUCGGGACACAGCUUGGAACUUCUUCCUGGGUAUCGUCAGAAAUAACUUCCGUGUUUGUAUGAUUGCAUGUGAUGGUGGUCAACAGUUUCAGAGACGAUGCAGAGAAUACCCAGCAUUUACUGAAAAUGUUAACUUCCUGUGGUUCCCUCAUUGGUCAAAGUCCAGACUCAUUGAGCAUGCAUUGUACCAUCUUAAGGAUGUUGAAUGGAUGAACGAUGUUCAGAGAGAGAAUAUAGCUCACAUGAUGGCCUCAAUGCACCUCGUCCUCAGACAACAAGAUGGCGGUGAGAAAGAUGCAGGAGAAUACAGACAUGUGACUAAUACAUCUUUUGAAAAGUUUGUUGAAAGAUACAUCUCCUUAGCUAAUACCAAACACUUUGAAAUCAAUGACAUUAAUGAAGCUGUAUCUAAAUCAUUGAAGCAGAUCAAAAGUGAAAAUGAGGUUGCUGUCAAAUUGAGGAAACAAUUGGAGCAUGAAAUGGUAGUUCUAGAGGAAAGGAAAGCUAGUGCUGUGAAAUUUUUAUGUCAAAUUGGACAAGAUACUGCCAUCACAGAACAACAGAUCAAAGUUGUCAAAGCACAGCUGGAAAAAAUAUCUAAACUUAAAAAGUUAUUACCAGAGUAUCAGAUAGCAGAACAGAGAGCUGUGUUUAAAACUACCCAGAUUUAUGGCGACACAAUGAAGGAGGUAGAGAAAAUGAACUUAGACAAACACAGUCUGGGAGAACUGAGAGGGAUGAGUAAACCACCUCUAGAUAUUGAAGAUCUAAUGGCAGCUGUUAUUAUGAUAUUAAAGUCUCCAUCAGCUGAUCUAACAUGGCAGAAAGGUGCAAAGAGACAAAUGGCAAACUUAGAAAGAUUCAUUGAUGAAAUGAUGGUAUUUGACAAGAAUCAGCUACCAGAGUCUACUUUAAAUUUAGUAGAACCUUACCUGAAGAAGGCCUCAUUUGACCCUGAUACGCUUGAGAAAAAGACUGGUAACCCAGCUUGUGGAUCACUCUGUAGAUGGGUUAGAGGUGUUGUAUGGUACAACAGAAUGAUGAUAUCAAAGGUGGAGCCACUUCAUAAGAAGGUCAAGGAGACAACACAGCAAGUCGAUGAUGCAGAACAUAGAAUGGCAAACUUAGAGAAGAAAAGAAAGGACCUAGAGAGUAGAUUACAAGGACUUGCUAAGAGUUUUGAGGAAGCAACCAUUGACAAAAAUAAACAGGAAGAAAAAUGUAUCAAAAUGAAAAAGAUGUUGGAAACAGCUGCCAAACUCAGAAAGAUUUUGAAAGGUGAGCGACAGAGAUGUCAGCAGAUUUACGAUUCCCACGAGAGACGAUUGGUAUCCAUUCCUGGUGGUUGUGCCAUGGCCGCUGCCUUCUGUACAUACCUCGGCACCUAUCAUCACAACUUCAGACGUAUGAUGCUCACUGUUCACUGGCCAAACUGUCUGAGAGAAAGGGGUGUCCCUCUCGUCAUAGACUCUAUUGAUGGUCUAAAAGGUCGUGUUAUAGACUGGUCAAUAGAUUUCCUGAAGACAGCAUCAGGAGCCAGUCAGGUUUAUGACAUAGACUAUACCUCAGCCUUACUGGGACAACAAGGAGAUUAUGAGGAACAAGCAGAAGAUGAGGCUCAGGAUGCAAAGGGUGAGGUCAAUGAGUUGAAAGAAGAAAAUGAAGAAGAAGUAAAAGAAGACAAUGGAGAAGAGGGAAAAGAAAAAACAGAUGAACCAGAAAAAUCUGAAGUAGAAAAGACAGAAAAAGAAGAAGAGAGUGGCAAAGAAUCAUCAGCCUCAAUAAAGGAUGAAGAUCAGAAGACAGAAAAGACUCUAGAUAAAAUACAAGAGGAGGAAAGUAGUGACGUUCAGGAGGAUGAGAAUCAAACAGAUGUCACGACCUCACCUGUUCUGACCUCUACACAAUAUAAUAGAUAUGUCGGAUCUCUGAUAAAAAUAUUAGUAGGGGAGACAGUUCUUAAUGACUGGACGAGGAAAGACUUUGGACCAAGACAGUUGGAAAAUGCUGCUAUAAUGAUAUCAUCUUGGCAGCGACCUCCCAUGUUGAUUGACCCUAAUGGCGAGGGAUCACAUUGGCUUGGACGACUCAACAAACUCAUGAACAAACGUAAACUGGUGUCUCUAGACAUGGAAACUCGGUCCGAUCCUCAUGUGAUACUGACUCUAGAGAAAGCCAUAAUGAGAGGAAAACCUGUGAUUCUCAAUAACUGUGAGAACCAUAUUGACAACAUUAUAACCCCUUUGAUGCACCACAGAAAUACAGCUAAUCCUCAAGACCAGGAUGAAGAGCCCAGAAUGAUAAGGUUUUGUGGACGUAGAGUUCUGUGUCACCAGGAUUUCAGAUUCUACUUGUCAACACCACUACCCAAACCAAGAUUUAAUCCUGAGAUUGCCUCUACCACUACCAUGAUAAACUAUGGUGUCUCACAUGAUACACUUACAGAGGACCUGCUCACAAGAGCAUUUUCUCGUAUCAGACCUGAGUUAUACAAAGAGAAGAGAAUUGCUUUACGUAACAUGCAGUUACAGAAGGAUACUUUAUUGAGGUUGUCAGACAUUGUAAAGGAGAAAGUCCUGACCAAUCAGGAAGCCAUGUUAGGAAGUGCUAAAGCCUUGACCUUCAUAACAGAUAUAACUAAUGCUAAGAUUGAGCUUGCUAAGAGAUUAGAAGAGACGAAGACAUUACUGGUUGAUAUAGAUGAUCUAAAGGAUGAGUUGUUCCCCUUGGCUAGGAGAGGUGCCAUGUUGUUUGCCAUUGUUAGAAGCUUACAGAGUGUACACAAUGAGUACCAGUUCUCUCUCAAGUAUUUCCUGGAAUUGUUUGAUGAAGCUGUUGGAGAUGACGUACCAGAAAAUUUCAAGAUAGACGAUGAUGAAUCUUCUGCCUAUGAAGAUGAUGACGAGAGUGUAGUGGCUCCAAAGGUCAGACACAGCAGUACAUCUUCCCAGGGGUCAAGACAAGCACAGGCUCAGGGAGAGAAACCAGGGGAAGAAAAGAAGUCAGAGAAAGGUGAUGGAGAGUAUGAAGAUGAUUUUAAUGACACAGAAGGAACUAAAAAACAAGGUGAUUCAGCAAGUACUGCAGCUGCACAAAAACUAAUUGCUGGUACAGAAUCUGAGGAGUUACCUCCCCUAGAAAUACCUGAGACUGUUCCAUUACCAUCUGAAGGGUUGGAGUACUCAUCUCUAUCUGCCAAUCAAAUCAAACAAGUGAUGGACAAGUUAACAGGACUUGUAUAUCGUAGAAUAAGAGAGAGUUUGUAUGAAGAAGAUUGUCUUCUGUUUGCCACAUUGCUAUGUUUGAACAUUGAAGCAGAAGGAAUGGAAAACUUCUCUAAUGAAGAAAUGUCUCUGUUGUUACAAGGUAAUCCUGGUCUGGGUAUGCAGCUGACAUUGAAUGACUUUGACUACAAGGAUGAUCCACCAACAUGGUUGCCUCAGGAGAAAUGGGAAGAUAUCAUGGCCCUAUCUGUCCUCCCUGGACCAUUAGACAGUCUGUGUGUUAACUUUGCUCAAAAUUCAGAGGCAUGGAAAGCUUGGUACAAAUCCCCAUACCCAGAGAAAGAACCACUACCACUGGCCGUAGGGGGAGAGAGUACAGAACGUAGACCUGGUUCUAGUGGCAGCGUUGGGAAUGCUAAAACCCCAGAUUUAGGACCAAUGACAGAGUUCCAUCAGCUUCUCCUACUCCGUAUGCUCAGACCUGACAGACUACCAACAGCUCUUGUUAACUAUGUCAACAAACACCUGACAUUAAAUCUACCGGACCAAUCAGAUUUUAAUUUAGCUGAUACAUUGAAGGAUGCCAAACGUCACCUUGGUGUAUUGUUAUUACUGCCUCCUAGUGUGACAAGUGGACUCAAACCAUUUUCAACAAAAUUAAGAAUGACAGACCAACCAAUAGAUGUUUUAUAUAAGAUGGCCCAGGCAAUUGGUUCUAAAGUAGAGCAUGUAAAGAUAGGAGAAGGUUGUGAAUACUUGAUCCAGGAAGCUAUUGAUGGUGCUGAGAAGCAUGACGGAUGGGUUAUUAUAGAAAAUCUUCAUCUGGCUCAUGAUACACUGUUUAACGAUCUGAAAAAACAAUUAGUGAGGGUAGCCAGAUCACGAAGUAAGAGUGUCAUGCAGGAAGACAAACAGAAAGGAAGUAGAUUCUGUGUUUGGAUUACAUCAGAACCGUGUCCCAGGAUCACAGAUUUCCUCAUCAGGAAUCUACACAAAGUGUCAUGGAGUCACAUCACUCAGGAUGUGAUAACACCAGAGGGCAGCACUGCUGACGAAGGAGGAAAAGUAGAUGCUCCAUUUACAAUACAACACAAAUCUCCACAAUCAUAUCUACAUUCAGCAAUUGUAUCCACACUGAAACAGACAUCAAAUGCUGGAGUAUUUGACAAACUAUCAACAGAAUCACAAGUCAUUAAAUCUAUAGCCUUUGGUCUCAGUGUCAUACAGGGAAUGCUGUCAGCCAGGCAGUUGUUUGGAUCCCAGGGAUUGAAUCAGUGGUAUCCAUUCAAUAAGGUCCAGAUGGAACAAGCUAUAGAAAUACUUACAGGAAAAUUACUUAGACCUGAUGGAACGGACCCCAAAGUAGAUAAAAUGACUAAUAUGUUUGCCCAGUUGGUAUACAAUAACUGUGUGACAAGUGAGAGUGACAUGACCUAUAUUGAAGCUGCUGUUACCCAUGUCCUGUAUAAUCUAUACCAAGAAAGUUCAGGGUCACUGGUUCUAGGGAGUGUAGCUAUCCCUACACCACCAGCUAAUGUCGAUCCACAGGAAUAUGGUUCAUGGUAUGAGAAGAAUGUGGAUGAGGAAUUCACAAUCUCAGCUUUACAGUUACAGUCAAGUGUAGAAAAGGAAAAUAAUGAUGCUAACUCUAGUGUUUUCAUCCGACAUCUUGACCACAUGUUUGAAACCCAGAACAUGGAAGCUGGAGAUGUAGCUAAAACUACAGGAGAAAUAAACAUUGCUAAAUUAAGAUCAGCAUUAGAUUUGUGUUUGGAAGAGUUACCUAACCUGUUAGAGUUAGGUAAUGUGAUAGACGUAAUCGGUGAAGACUAUGAUUUCCCAUACCAUAGACCAUCAGUCAUCAGCCUGGCUACUGCAGCCAGCUCACAGAUGCCAGAAACAAUAGGAUAUUGUCUAUUACAGGAAUGUUUGUGGUUUAAUACCAUUCUGUGUCACAUCAGACAAGAGAUCAAUGUUCUACAAUCACAUCUCCUGGGAGGACCAGAAGCUUUACCAAAGAUGUUGUCAUCUACUGUAUCUAGCUUACAGGAAGAGUUUAUACCUAUAUCAUGGAUUCAUCCUAAUUGUCAGCCAUGUACUCACUCAUUGGUAUCCUGGCUUGAGGAUACAAAGAAGAGACACAAGCAGUUAUAUGACUUUGUUAGACAUGGUAUGAUACCUACCUACAAAGAUGAUGGUGACGAGAACCCAAUCAUAGCCUCUGGAAGACUCACUAAGAUCUGGCUUGGAGGCCUGGUUAAUCCACAGGCUUUGUUGACAUCUCUAAAACAGGAGAAGGCAAUUGUCACUAACACCAGGGUGGAUGAUAUGUCAUUUGAGUGUGUAGUUAUGGAUGACAUUAACACAGAGGAUUAUGAAGUAGAUGAGGGAGGACUAUUUUUGACCAGUAUAUAUCUACAGGGAGGUUCCUGGGACUAUGAUAAUGAUAGUCUUAAGAAUCCUGAAUCUGGUCUGUAUUCCAUUCCAUGUUUAUACCUGAGACCAGUCAUUAGAAGUGACCAGGAAGAGAAGGACGACAAGAAAACUGUCACAUAUCCCUGUCCUAUGUUCAUGAAUAAGAGUCGUCAAGUUCUAUGUGAUACAUUAGAUCUGAAUUGUCCAACACCAGUAGAUAAAUGGAAGCUCUCCAGAACGGCUUUAAUAUUAGAUGCAGGUUUACCAGAGGAUGGAGCUAAGAAGUCCCGAUCCUAUCUAAUGUUAUUGAAGGCCGGUCCAUCAAUGUUACCUGCUGAGGGAGAGUCAGAGAUCCAAUCAGAGGAGGACGAUGAAGAGUUACAGGAACUAGAACAAGAAGAAGACUUUGAUGCCAACCCAUCAGAGGUGUCUCAGAUGUCAUAUCGAGCAAUCACUCCUAAAGCUCCACCACUGCCACCAGGCAUGGGAUUAGUUAAGGAACCUCUUAUGGCUGAAGGAGAAAAAGCACGCUCUACAAAGUCAAGUCCUCACCCUAGUGGUAAAGGUAGUCCUGCAGUACAAUCUAGUCCAAAACCAGCAGGAAGUACCAUCAGUGGCAAAGGUAGUCCUAGGAGUGGUAAAGCUGGUAGUACUGUCUCGUCAAAGUCAAAAGGUAGUAAGAAAACAGCUCAAGCAUCACCCAUACCAGAAAAGACAUCUCGACCUACAACUAAAGGAAGUAGAGGAUCUAGAGGGGCAGUAACUCCUGUCAAACUGGGAUCACAAAAAGAUGUGAGUAAAUCAUUUGAUAAUGAAAAUGACAAUGCUAGGCCUCGAUCUCAGAUUGAGGAACCAGUCACACAAAUUGAAAUAGAAACUGACACUGAUAAUGAAGCAGGUGGUGAAACUCAAAAACUGGACAAAAGUGAAACAAGUGAAAGGAGUGUUAAAGCUGAAACGGAGAGAAGUGUAAAAGAUGACACUGCAAGAAGUGUAAAAGCUGACACUGCAAGGAGUGGAAAAGCUGACACUGAAAGGAGUGUAAAAGCUGACACUGAGACAAGUGUUAAAGCUGACACCGAAAGCAGUUUAAAAGCUGAUACUGAAAGGAGUGGUAAACCUGAAACUGAGAGGAGUGUUAAAACUGACACUGUAAGGAGUGGUAAAGCUGACACUGAAGAAGCUACAAGAGGUAGUUCACCUCCCACUCAGUCACAGAGUGAGGAUCCACAACUCAAGAAACAACCAUCUAGAAGUAGUCUAAAGAAGGCUGAAUCUAAAGACAGUGUGAAUGCACAGAGUCUUCCUAGACAGUCCUCUGCUGGUAGCCUAAAGAAAACACAGUCAGGGGAACAUGUAGAUAGAAGUGACAGUAGGGGACCAGUUACUGGUGCUUCUGGGGAAAAUGGUGAGCGAAGUGGUAGCCGAGGAAGUAGAAGACAAAGUGAGACUGGAGGAUUAGGAAGCAGAAGACCAUCAAAUGCAUCUAGAAAAUCUAAAGAAUAGUGCUGUUUAUGAUUCAGAUAUUUGCCAAUUUUGAUUUAUUUAAUUUGUCUUCAACCAACUAAAGAAAUUUAUUGACACAGAUAAUGUUUAUUGCUAUUAAUUGUCAUAUUAUAAACUUUGGCUUAACGGUCCUAAAUAGAUUAUUUCAAUUAAAUAUUAACUUUGAUUGUUUUUCUUUAUAUUUAUUGUCUACAACUGUUAAUGGAAAAAGAUACUACAUCAUUUUUCUCCGUCCAUAAUAAUUAUUUAUUUUUGUAUGUUUGUUAUAUUUUACAUUUUUAAAUGUAAAAUAAUGUUAUUUAAUGUUAGUGUAUUGUAUGGAAGACUUUUUUUGUCAGAAAAAAUCAUUUUGUAGAUAUAUGAUUUAUCAGCAUGUGAACAAUUAAUUAUUAAAUAUACACUAUAAAUGAAAAAAAAAUAUCAUCUGAAUGAUAUAUCUUGAUUCAUGUAUUUUCAUCAUCAGUGUUAAGAUUUGAAAUGUUGAUUUAAUGUAAUUGUAAUUUAUUUCCUAUUUUUUCUGUGAUAUUUACAAAUCUUUUGUUUGAGAAUACAUAUUAUUUGUUUUUUCUUUACGAUGAAAUAAACCAAUGUAUUACUGCUGAGUGUAGUUCUGUACACUGCCUGAUAUUCCAUCCAUUGUAGUGCCUUUAUAUAUUAUUUGUUAUAUGAUUAUUUUUAUAUGAGAAUUUUUUGUUCAAUGUUAGAUAUUUUUGUAAACGUUUUUUUUGUUCCUUGACAUUUACUUGUGGAAGUUUUUACCUUGUUCAUUUUUGCAAAGUGAAAAUAAAAUAUACAAAUCUUA